UUCUAUUAAGUUUGUGUAUGAAUGUGUUCUGUAUCAUAAAUAGCAUUCAUAUUCACCGUUUAAACACUAUGCAUGCUUCCAUAGGUAUAGAGUACAUAAAUCUGUAACUUCUUAAUUAUUCUUGUUUAGUUCAGAUAUAUAUAUCAGUGAUACAAAAAAAUGUCCUACAAUAUAAGAAUUCGUAACCUGCCUGACAAGUACGACGAGGAUGCAUUGCUACGACUUUGUGCAUCCUUUGGUGAAGUCAUCAGCUACAAGCAAAUUGGCAGUGGCACCUUGAAAAAGCACAACACGUAUGCCAGUGAGACAAACAAAGGUGUCUGUACCGUAGAAGUGACGUUUGAAGAGGAAGAUGAUGCAAGGGUAGCAGCUGGGAACAUGGAAGGUAUGGAGUUCAGUGGAAGGUAUUUGCGAGUUUUUUGCCUUUCGUGAUGACCGCUUUACCUUUUGAGAUUAAUUUCGCGUGCUAGUUAUAAGGAAAGUCAACAAACUUAGUGGCAUUUCAGCUCUAAAUGAAGUCGAUGCUAUUGCACUUCAUUUUCACACAAUAGAAGAAAAAAA